CAGCGGCGACUCACGGAAUUUAAAAAGCAAGCAAAACAUACCAUUUACUACUCACUCUUUCCUUCUGUCUGUAUUUGCUUCCAUUACUUUCACACGCCAACUUGUUUUUCUCCAACUAUUUUUUCAUCAUCGCACAUAUCACCCUUUGAAUCUCUCUCAAAUCUCAAACCAUUUGGUUUCACUUUUACUUGUUUUCCAUACUCCUGCAGAACAUGUAACUGUUUCUCUGCAUAUACAGGUCUUUUAAUGGGAUGGAUAAUUGACCAGACAGUAAAGUAUAGUUGAGAAGAUGAAGGCCGAGCCAGUUGUGCUUAUUGUUGGAUUAUCUAUAGGGGUAGUGAUUGGAGUGCUUUUGGCAAUUUCUGGAUUCUUCUGCAUUAGGUACCAUAGGAGGCGCUUGCAGAUAGGGAAUAGCAGUUCUCGGAGGGCAGCAACUAUUCCUAUUCGUGCUAAUGGUGCUGACUCUUGUACUAUAUUGUCAGACUCGACACUUGGUCCGGAUUCGCCUGUAAGAUCUGGACAGAAUGGUAAAUCCUUCUGGCAUGAAGGAUUUAAGAAGAGUAAUGUAGUCUCAAUGUCUGGAAUUCCCGAGUAUUCUUACAAGGAUCUGCAGAAAGCAACAUAUAACUUUACAACAUUGAUAGGGCAAGGUGCAUUUGGUCCUGUGUACAAAGCUCAGAUGUCAACAGGUGAGACUGUCGCUGUUAAAGUGCUUGCAACUGAUUCUACGCAAGGGGAGAAAGAAUUCCAGACAGAGGUUAAGCUAUUGGGAAGGUUGCAUCACCGAAACCUCGUGAACUUAAUUGGAUAUUGUGCAGAGAAAGGCCAACAUAUGCUUAUAUAUGUCUACAUGAGUAAAGGCAGUUUGGCCUCUCAUUUAUAUAGUGAAAAGCAUGAGCCAUUGAGCUGGGAUUUGAGAGUUCUAAUAGCUCUAGACGUAGCAAGGGGCUUGGAGUAUCUUCAUGAUGGAGCGGUUCCUCCUGUAAUACACCGUGAUAUUAAAUCAUCCAAUAUUCUGUUGGACCAAUCCAUGAGAGCUAGGGUUGCUGAUUUUGGACUUUCAAGAGAAGAAAUGGUGGAUAAACAUGCAGCUAAUAUUAGGGGAACUUUUGGUUAUCUUGAUCCUGAAUAUAUAUCUACAAGGAAUUUCACCAAGAAAAGUGACGUUUACAGCUAUGGAGUUUUGCUCUUUGAGCUCAUAGCUGCAAGAAAUCCUCAACAGGGUUUAAUGGAAUAUGUUGAACUUGCUGCGAUGAAUACAGAGGGGAAACUUGGGUGGGAAGAAAUUGUGGAUUCGCGUCUUAAUGGGAGUUUCCAUGUGCAAGAGCUCAACGAAAUGGCAGCUCUGGCAUAUAAAUGUGUCAGUCGUGCAUCCAAAAAAAGACCUUCCAUGAGAGACAUCGUACAAGUGCUAUCGCGGAUGCUCAAAAUGAGGCACAACAGGAAUCAUGUGAAAUCCUUGUCAUCUGUAACGGAUGAAGGCACAACUGACGUGAACCAACCAGAAACCAGAAUCCAAAUGACCGAACACCACAGAGAGGAGUCUGUGGACAGCCUAGCCGAUACCUAUGAAGUAUAGACGCUGGCUUCCCCAUUUUUUCUUUUUUUUUUUUUCUUUCUUAUUUCUUGGUUUUUCGGGUUUGCUUUUUUGAUACAUGUGCAGUCCUUGGGCUUAGAACUAGUGGAUUUCGAGUAGUUAAUAUUUCUGGUCGAGUGACACUGGUUUUCGGUUCAACAUUCGACCCUGUUACAUAUCCAUUUCUCUCUUCCUCCCUGUUUUACUCAGAUGACAGAUUUCUAGAUUUAUGUAUCAUACUUUACAAUGGAAAUGAAGGAAAAGUUGAUACGCUUUUGAACUUA